AUGGAGACUAAGGGUCCAUCUGAAGGAUACACAACCGAUAUACAUCCAGCAAAGAGCAUAUUAGACCAAGUUGAUGACUAUUUAAACGAGAAACAUGAUUCACAGGGGAAAGUAGAAUGGCAGUCCAUGCAAGUGGAUUUAGACCAACUGUCACAUACGCUGUUCGAGAAUAGAAAUGACAACCAACAACAACAGCAGCAGCAGCAGCAGCAAGUACAACUGGGUCAAGGUCAUGUAAGGCCCGAUAUGGUUUUUUCACCGAUGGGGUCACCAAUGGUAGUUCCUAAUCAUCCCAGCAGCGUAAGUGCUAACGCUACUCCAUUUCUAGGUGGUAGUGCGUGCUCGAAUUCAAAUUCGAAUACUCCAUUUCUAGGUGCUAGUAGUGGCGGAUUCAAGACAAAGAAGAAUAGUAAUAGAAAUGUUAAUAGCCAGUUCUCUCCGUUGACCUCUCCUGCAUUAGUUGCAUCGGAUCAGCAGCAAAUGUUGAACUUUGCCCUGCCUGAAUCGAGCGUAUCGAGAAGAACGGCGUCAACUACUUCUGUGAGAGGUAAAAGAGUUCCGGUUAAUAGCGCAUCGAGUAAAGUGGUCAAAAACAGUCCAAAUUUAACAUCAAGAAGACGCUAUUCAUCGGAGUAUUUGAAAAACUGUAAUAGUAAUAAUUCAUGGGACGAUUUAAUAUUUAAAUUACCAGAAAAUGGCUUACCGUUAAAUCAUAUCAACCAGAACCACCACCAGGCACCAGCGGGUGAAGAAUAUCCAUCGCCCGAUGCUGGUGUACCGUCUUCGCCAGAAUCAAAAGUGACCCCGGCUACUCUAAUGAAUUAUCCAAAGGUAAUUUUACCCUCAAACAGACCAAGGAGCGGCAGUCCUGAUAAAUCACAGUCACCAGACGGCACGUUGGAAACUGACCUGACUAAUGGAAAUAAUGAUCACAAUAACAAUAGCAAUGAUAAUAACAACAACAACGGUAAUGAUAAUGGUAGUAAAAUUUGGCGUGCGACGGAAUCACCCGUCAUCAGACCAAGGCACAGUGUUAGUCAAUCAAGGCCACAAGUUCGUAAUUCGCAGUUAUCAACUGCAAAUUCUAAUUCAACGUCAUCAUCAUCAUCGGUAGCGGCAGCAACUGCGGCUGCAGUCACAGCAGAGCCGCCAAGACAAGAAGGUAUUCACCGUGUGAGAAGUAAGACAAGUCGAUCUUCGAGUGUAAGUCUCAAUGGGAAUGCGCCUGGUGCUGCUAGCCCCGGUGAGGAAGACGAAUACAGUAAGCGUGAAGUACAUAAGGUGGCGGAACAAGGUAGAAGGAACAGGUUAAAUUUUGCUCUGGCAGAAUUAAAUGCACUACUCCCGCCAGAAAUAAAGGAUGCUGUUAGUAUUCCAUCCAAAGCCACAACAGUGGAACUGGCGUGUACUUAUAUCAAGCAAUUACUGGAGCAAACACGUGAGAAGCACUAG